AAAGGGGUUUUGCUAGGAUUUAUGCCCAUACGAAAUUAUAUCAGACCGCACACGUGGGUCCGAUCAUCAACAGUGAACGGUGAAGAUUCUCCGCCUUUCACGUUCGAGCCUUUCCGCUUUUCCCAUCAAUCACACGGCGGCAUGUGCAGAAAAAUUCGCAGACCUCCAAAAAAUUUCAAAAAAAAAGAAAUCCCAACAGACAUUACACACUUCACACUCCGAUCCCCGAUCCUCAGUCAGUUAGAGGGUCUCUCCCUAAUCCCAAAAAUGACCCCGAUCAUAAUCUCUAUCCACUAAUUGGCACUGCCACAUUUGGCUGAUUAGUUCGUUAUUUUCGAGGUGGGGGUUUGAUUUUUCCGGUGGUUUCUGGCAGAGAGAAAUGAGCAUUUGGGGUGAUGACGACGAUGUCAACCAACCCCAACACCAGUCCCAAAGACCAGACCAAUUCCCGAUCACCCAAAAGCCGGCGGUGGCGGCAGAGCCAGGUGGCGACGGCCGUGAUAGCCAUAGCGGCGCUCUUGAUCUCCACGGCCGCGUGGCUCUCUCUGGUGUUCUCCGGCAGUCCUCCGUCGCUCACCGUCGCCCGCUUGCAGAACAAGGCACCGGCUCCGUCUUUUGCUCAGUACCGAAACGACAGCGUUGCGGUUUCCGAAGACGAAGAGUGGAGCCUGGACGACGAGGAGCUGAGCCUAGACGAUGUCGUUUUCGGGAUUGCCGGGUCAUCCGGGCUCUGGAAGCAGCGGAAGGAGUACGUCAGGCUGUGGUGGCGUCCGGACGACAUGCGCGGCCACGUGUGGAUGGACGAGAAAGUUCCUGGAGAAGAAAACGACGAGUCGUCGUUGCCUCCGAUCAUGGUGUCCGAGGACAUCUCGAGGUUCCGGUACACAAACCCGACGGGUCACCCGUCGGGGCUCCGAAUCUCGCGCAUAAUUUCCGAGUGCUUCCGCCUCGUCCUGCCCAAAGUCCGGUGGUUCGUGCUGGCGGACGACGACACCAUCAUCAACGCCGACAACCUCGUCGCAGUUCUGAGCAAAUACGACGCGUCGGAGAUGGUUUAUGUGGGGAGUCCAUCGGAGAGUCACUCUGCGAAUACUUAUUUCAGUCAUUCCAUGGCUUUUGGCGGUGGGGGUAUUGCGAUUAGCUAUCCUCUGGCGAAAGCUCUCUCUGAAAUUCAAGAUGAGUGUCUCGAGAGGUACCCGAAACUCUAUGGAAGCGAUGAUCGACUCCAUGCCUGCAUUACUGAGCUUGGGGUUCCUUUAAGUAGAGAGCCCGGCUUUCACCAGUACGAUAUCAGAGGUAAUGCACACGGUCUUCUAUCUUCCCAUCCGAUAGCACCAUUUGUGUCGAUCCACCAUGUCGAAGCUGUGGAUCCUUUUUAUCCUGGCUUAGACUCUCUACAAAGUUUGAAGCUGUUUACACAUGCGAUGAGACUCCAACCCAGCAGCUUUUUGCAGCGAUCCAUUUGUUAUGAUCGCCGAUACCAUCUCACAUUUUCGGUUUCUCUUGGUUAUGCGGUCCAAGUCUUCCCACAAAUCGUGCUCCCUCGUGACCUCGAGCGGUCAGAGCAGACUUACUCUGCUUGGAAUGGAAUCACCAGGAGGAAUGAAUUUGAUAUGGACACCAAAGACGUGUACAGGUCUGUUUGUAAGAAGCCCAUUCUGUUCUUCUUGAAAGAUAUUAGGUCGCAGGGUAAUGCUACUUUGGGUUCAUAUAUGAGGAGUAGAGCAAAAGAUGAUUUCAAAAGAACAGUUCUAUGCUUUCCCCGAUCCCGGCAUUUGCGCCAUCUGCGAAAAAUUCAGGUUUUGGGUCAUCCACUCACCAAGAAAUGGCAUUUGGUACCGCGCCGGCUAUGUUGCCAACUGAACCAAAAGAGUGACGAAUUCCUUAGAUUAGAAGUUGGACAAUGUGCUAAGGGAGCGUCUGGUUCUAUUACUAAUUUUAAAUGACUGCUUGGUAGAUGGUAGUGCUCAUUGGAUUCUGACAUGACAACUUGGUAGAAGGCCCCCCACCGUUAUGUGUGGCCACAGUGAAAGGCUUUGAACUUGCUGUCAAACUCUGGAAACUUGUGCUUGCAUAUACUAGCGUCCUUUAUUCUACACAAGAAAGUCGAAGAGAAGCACGUGAACCACGAUUACAUUCUUUGCCUUCAAUUUUGUUCUGAAGGUAUCUAAUCAUAAAUUGAGAUCCAUGAUCUACUACUUGCUGAUUAACUGAGACAAACUGUAGCUUUCCAAAUUUUUGAUAUGCAAACUGGUGAUAAUUUGAUUGUGGUUAACUUCUGUUCAUCUUUAUGCUUUCUGUUCAGUGAUCAUGGUGUGAUCUAGGGCCUAAUGGUCAUCGUUUUGACCAAGUUAGAAAUCCUGUUGGCAGCAUCAUAAGCAAGCUAGAAUGCCAAACAUUUUUACUCAUAUCGAGUGAGGAAAAUUAGAAUAUGUUUAGAAGCAACCUGCUGCUUAAGGCAUUAUUGAGUGCGGAUUUUUUUUUUUAGAAUGAAUGCGGAUGUUUAUAAAUUGUAUGGAAAUUGCGGAGUUCCUUGUAAGUAUUGAGGAACUCAAGGUGAUUAUGGACAGAGUUGUAAGG